AUGUUAUGCCACCGCUCUGGCUUUAGUCACGUCGGGAUGAUUGACCCCGAAUCAAUACGCAUAAAAACCGCAGUUGCGAGAAACAUCUCUCUAGACCACGGUCAAGACGGACGACUGUCCUUAACAGGCUCAAUGUUCAUUUGUCCAUUUGUGCUUCGCCUCUUGUCUAUCACUACAGUAUCUAAGCCAUGCUUGAAUGCCUGGAACUCUGAUUAUGUAUUGAAUAUUGCUGUGGCUGUUCUCAUGCCGUUUCGAGGGAUGACGAAGGUCGAUAAGGGCGCGCCAUUGUGGCUCGUAAGUGAUGGAUGCGGUAGCAUUGAAGGGCGGAAAGUGGAUCAUGCGGCCGCGCUUCCAGAAGGCGAAGUUGAACGUAUGGACAUGAGAUACACACGUUCAGAGGCCCAGCUCCAACUAAAAAAGAUUACUGCAAUUCCAUGCUUUUCACAUCAUCCGGUCCACUCGCGAUAUUUGAAAUGGAUAAUGCCGCCUAAUCACCGUUCCACACAUUCAGAUUGUAAAUUGCCGUGCAAGUCAGCUGUCGAGACUCUUGACAGGAGCCCAAAGAUCAGCGACCACGCUUGCGAAGUCACAUCGAUCGACGGUGCUCGCGAUCCUAAGGAACUAAAUAAACGGGCCUUACCAUUUGAUUCAGCGAUUCUUGCCCAGCUUCUUGCUCAUCGUCUCUCUACUCAAAGCAAUACUGCAACAAUGAUGGAGAUCUUCGACGAUCCGCAGCCCAGAGAAACAAUUCUGAGCUUACAGAUAUGGAGGCUAGAGCAAAGAGUUCUGCAGCUAGAGUUGUGUAACCGGAGACUGGAAUGUACAUUUGUGCGCAAGGACGAGCAAGACGAUCGUCUUAAUGCCAUUGACGAGCAGGUGGAAUGUAUUAGGAACGAUAUCGACAUGUUCGGCGACAGGAUCUUGGACCUUGAGAACGGCGAAUCUAGAGGAAAAUUAGCAGGACCAUCAGAUGCUGAUAUCGCUGGCGCGGCGGCGCUCAUCAAGCUUAUUGAAGCAUUAAGGAAAUUGACGGACCAAAACGGGGUCUUGGCACGGGAUAAAGCCAUAAAGGCAAGGAUAUACUCAAAAGUAUAUUGUACGGAUAUCGAAUGUGCCAGAGGGAGAGGAUGCUUAGUAAGCUCCCAGUGGUUCGACAGAAAUGCAAUCGGUGAAGCACCGAACAUCUUGACACAAUUGAACUCUGUUUUUCAAGGCAGCGUAGGAAACCAGCUACAGACUUACUACGAGCGAAACUCCUGGGUUAUAGCUUUGACUAUGCUCAACGCUCGAGUGGCGUUGACUGCAUUUCGUGGUACCCCCUGCACAGCGACGCUCCCGCGCGAAUUCGGCUGGGAUGAAAGUGCCAUUUUUUUGCAAUCCGUCCUGCAUGCUCGUGCCGUACUCUGUUUUGUGUUUGCUCAGUCUUCUCUGAGGGCGAAGUCGGCAUUCUGUUGCUUGUUGUUACCGUCAUGUUCAAUGAUCCUCGAUAAUGGCAUUCAGGAACCGUUUCUGGGACCUCGUGGUACCCACGUCCCGCUUUCGGGCCCCCCUCUCGAACCAAUAAAUACACGAGUGCUCGUUAGAUCUAGAAUGUGCCUGAUUUCGGGCCUCUUGUCAAGUAUGGACUGCCUGACGGAGUUCGUUCAACCGCAUAUGCAUGCUGUGAUGCGCUUGCGAAGUGCUAUGCGAAGCUUUCGAAGGCAAGCUAACUUGCUCCCCGCAAGUAAUGUGGGACCACUCUGA